UCUUUUGAUGAUGCAGACGUUUAACGACAGAUUAGUGGAAGUUUGUCAGCAUCUCUACCAUUUUCAGAUUCUCAAGCACUGAUUUUGUUUACCUGAUGUAAUUGCCCCUGUGUCAUCCCGGUCUCCUCCCAACCCCGUCCAACGUGGUCCGAGCAGGAAAAAAUAAGCGAUGGGAGUUGGCUCAGACACAUUGGUCCGAACGGAGAUCAUUGUCUAAAUGGACUCGGCAUGUGCUGAGAGUCUCCACAUCCACCCUCUUUACGUCAGGAGGGGAAGCCAGUGUAUUUCCUCCCCUUCUUUAUCUAAAGGAAGUGCGAAAAUAAGCAUCAGCGACAGAGGGCCCAGGCUUGGACACCUCUUUUUGUUUUUUUCUUUUCUUUUGUUGCAAACUCCAACCAGCUCCAGUCCUCGGGAGAAGUCAGAGGAGAUCCACGCCGUCACCAUGAAGUCCAUCAGGGUUGUCCUCCUGCUGGUGUUGAUGGGAUCAGCCACACCAGAGUCGACAUAUGGCACGGUUCCUCCUCAGAUUACAGGGACAGCAAGUACAACAAACGCCCCUACAGCUACUACUGCCGCAGCAUCAACAACUCAAGCUUCUUCUCAGCAAGUUGUUACUACCCACAAAAUGACUCAACAAACAAUCGCUGCUGCAAUUUCCCAGACGAUGACAACCGUGGGAAAACCAAACCAAGAACUGAACACAACCACAAGCAGCAACCAAGCCAACAACUCAGAUCUGACAAGUAGCAGUCCUGGACCAAAAAGCUCUUCAAAGCCAUCUGUCACAAGAACGACUCAAGGUACAACUAUCUCUUCUGCAGCAAAUGAGACGGCUCAGAAUACACAACACAGAUCCAGUAACAAACCGCCUGAAGAGAAACGUCAAGCAAACGAGGCGGCCCAGAAUACACAUGAAUCCAGUGAAAGGCAAGACAACAAACCGCCUGAAGAGAAACAUCACGAGACCGCGCCUCGCGUGGGUUCAGACAAACGACUGUGGUGGAUCCUGCUGCCCGCCGUCGUGGUUGUAGGUGUAGCUGCCCUUUUCUACAAGUUCAAAACCAAGAAGGUCCACGAUCACACAGAAACCAUUGACACUGGAGCUGAGAACGCAUCUUUCCAGAGCAGGCCAGAGAGCGCCAAAGACGGAGUCAUGCUCCUUGGAGUGAAGUCCUCGGGCGGCGAAGAAAAUGCUGCAAGAUAGGGAGAAGGAAGCGCUCAUAAGUCUACAUCUGCACGUGCGAGUGUCAUCAGCGCCUCCAACGUACAGCGGGAUCUGGAAGGAACGUCCAACAACUGAUUUUUAGUUUUUAUUUUGUGGGGGGAAAAAAUUGCCAACCAGGAAAAUAUUGGAAAAUGGAGUUAGAAACCUUUUGAGAGCAAAGGCAAGAUGACAACAAGGUUCUCUGCGUCCUUUGAUAACUGGAUUUCCUCAUCAAAACCAACAACGACACACAUUCUAUUGUCAAAGAUGGUUAAGUAGAAAUUUUAAAAUGAUUUGAAUAUGUGUUCAAAUGUAAUACUAUAUGAACUUAAAAUUUUCCUCCAAAAAGAAACUAAGAAUGUAGUUAUUUUGUUGUUUGUGGUGUAUUGUAAAGAAGAAACAGCGUCUCCUACAGAUCAAAAUCUAACAGCAGUCACAGAAUUUAGGAUUAUGAAAAAGGCAAAUUUUUUCCCCAUUUCUUUUACUCUUUCGUUUCACUGCUAUUUUCUGAACUUAAAAAAGGAAACGGGGCUUAUAUUUAAAAUCAAUAUUCUGUUUUUUUUUUAAAAAACCUACUUGCUUUUUUUGUUUUUAGUGACUGGUUUCUGAUGGGAACAUCUGAUUACCAUGACCUGCACUUCAAAGCAACUCUCCUUAAAUAUAAAAAUGCUGGUUUAUAAUCUAUACAUUUAAAAGCCUAAUUAUUGUUGUAAAAUUUCUUUCCACUGUAAAGUUCAGUCCACAGACAUCUUUCAUUGAUUGCACAUACCUUACAGUCCUCACCUUGAUUUGCAAUAAAUCAUGUUGUUGUUCAUCCUUUUAUCUUGUUGCUAAUGUCUUGCCUGGUAAUUUCUUAUAAUAAUUUGUAUUCUUGUUAUUCUUCCUGUUUUGUUUUUUGUUACUUUUUGUGUGUAACUGGACCUUUUCAGCAAUCUUGAUACAAGAAUUUGGCUAAAUUGUAUUUUUCUUAAAAACUCAGCAUGAGGUAACCCAUUUAUAGCUUUUUACUGUAAAGAGACAAACUAUUGCUUUAUGUCAGGAGCUAACAGGACUACUGCUGUCAGCCAGUUUCAUCAAUAAACCUUUGGAUAAUGGUUCUGUUGUGUAUCUUUAUACAAAUGUAUUGCGGUAAUUCUAAUAAACACUUUUUAGAGG